CGUGCGUAUGACGCAUAGAAAAAGUUUUAUGCAGAUUGCAGUAUUUUUUAUAAUUUCUUCGUGGCAAAAAGUAGAAUCCACACAAGGAAGAUAGAAUAUUAAAUUUCUCAUGAAGUGAUGAAAUAAAAUAUAUCAAAAUGAAGACACGAUUUAAUACUUACGACAUUGUUUGUAUGGUGACUGAACUUCAGAGACUAGUUGGUAUGCGAGUAAAUCAGGUAUAUGAUAUAGACAAUAGAACUUAUGUGAUUCGUCUGCAAAGAUCUGAAGAAAAGAGUGUAUUGUUGUUGGAAUCAGGGAAUAGAUUCCAUACAACACAAUUUGAAUGGCCGAAGAAUGUAGCACCAUCAGGGUUUACUAUGAAGCUCCGCAAACAUUUAAAAAACAAACGUCUAGAACACCUCACACAGCUUGGCAUUGAUCGUAUUGUGGAUCUACAGUUUGGUAGCGGAGAAGCUGCGUAUCAUGUUAUAUUGGAGUUGUAUGAUAGGGGUAAUAUUGUAUUGACGGACUAUAAUUGGACGAUUUUGAAUGUGCUGCGGCCUCAUGUGGAGGGAGAUAAAGUUAGAUUUGCAGUAAAAGAGAAAUAUCCAUUGGAUAGAGCGAAAACAAGCUAUGAAGCACCAAGUGAAGAACAAUUACGGGAAAUUCUAUCGAGAAGCAGACCAGGGGAUAACUUGAAGAAAAUACUUAAUCCUAAUUUAGAAUAUGGUUCUGCAAUAAUAGACCAUGUGUUACUAGACAACGGUCUAACGGGCAACAUGAAGAUAUCACAGGAUCCAAGUAAAGGGUUUUUUGUAGAUAGAGAUAUUUCUAAAUUGUACACAGCUUUGAAACAAGCUGAGUUGUUGAUGGACGAAGCUAAGAGUCAGGUCGCUAAGGGCUACAUAAUCCAAAAGAAAGAGGAGCGUCCGAACCCAGAAGGAGGAGGGGACUUCUUCACAAACCAAGAGUUUCAUCCAAAACUGUUCAGUCAGCAUAAAAACCAGCCACAUGUAGAGUAUGAGACUUUUGAUAGAAGUGUCGAUGAAUUUUACUCGGCUUUGGAAGGGCAGAAGAUUGAUUUGAAGACAAUACAAGUAGAACGCGAGGCGAUGAAAAAACUCCAGAACGUUCGAAAAGACCACGAGAAACGUAUCACCGAGCUAGAAAAAGUGCAAGUUGAAGACAAAAUGGCCGCCGAGAUGAUUGCACGAAACGAACCUUUAGUUGAACAAGCGAGGUUGGCUAUACAGACUACGUUGGCUAAUCAGAUGUCCUGGGACGACAUAAAGCUGCUAGUCAAAACUGCGCAAGACAACUCCGAUCCCGUGGCUUCGUCCAUCAAAAACCUGAAAUUAAACACAAAUCAUAUCACGUUAUUACUAACGGACCCGUAUGAAUGGGAACAAAUGGAGCCAAUGUUGGUGGACAUUGAUCUGUCGCUCACGGCCUUUGCUAACGCUAGACGAUACUACGAUCAAAAGAGAAACGCAGCGAAGAAACAACAGAAAACUGUAGAAUCGGCGGGCAAAGCGCUCAAAAGUGCGGAACGGAAGACGAAACAAACACUCAAAGAGGCGCAGACUAUCAGCUCGAUUAGUAAGGCGAGGAAAACGUACUGGUUCGAGAAGUUCUACUGGUUCAUAUCGUCGGAUAACUAUUUGGUGAUAGCCGGCCGCGACCAGCAACAGAACGAACUGCUCGUGAAGCGAUACAUGCGUUCCACAGACAUAUACGUGCACGCGGAAGUCACCGGGGCUUCGUCUGUUGUGGUCAAGUGUCCAACUGGACCUGCUCCUCCCAAGACAUUGAGUGAAGCUGGACAAGCUGCUGUUGCUUAUAGCGUAGCAUGGGAAGCGAAAGUGCUAACACGAGCGUGGUGGGUGUACGGACACCAAGUGUCCAAAUCCGCGCCAACCGGCGAAUAUCUAACCACAGGAUCUUUCAUGAUACGAGGCAAAAAGAACUACCUGCUACCAGAACAUCUUCAAUUCGGGUUCAGCUUUCUAUUCCGACUCGAAGAUAGUUGCAUAGAAAGGCAUAGAGACGAAAGGAAAUGUAUCGCUGAUGAUGUAUCGGAAAUUACGGAAAAUGAGGUCGAUCAAGAAAUAGAAGUAUCAGACGAUUCUGAUAAAGAAGAUGACAAGAAAUUAGAUACAAUAGAAGAGAAUAUUGAAAAUACUCAAGAAUUAAAAGACAAUGUUGAAGGAAAUAGUGAUAAAAUUCAGAAGAUUAGUGAUAAUGUAGGUACAAAUGAAAAACCAAGUGAUAAUGUAGAAGAGAAGGAGAAAGAAGAAUUAAAUGAUGAUGAUAAGAAUAAGAAAAUAGAGGAUAAAGAAUCGGAUGAUGAUGGUGAUUCGGAUAGUGACAGUUCUGAAGGCGUAUUGGAUACUCAUAUAAAGGUAGACCACGACACAGGAAAGGUCCUAAUCGAAUCAAAAACAAGAACCAUAUCAGAAAUGUCAGAACGAAGUGAUGACACACUACAAUCGUUCAAAUUCCCAGCGUUACCCAAAAAGGGGAAACCCCAGAAGAAGGAAAAACCCCAAAAGGAACAGAAAGAACAAAAGGAACAGAAGAAUGGCCCCAAGCGGGGACAGAAGGGGAAGUUGAAGAAGAUUAAAGAGAAAUAUAAGGAUCAGGAUGACGAGGAUCGCGCGUUGAUGAUGGAAAUUUUGAAGCCGGACAAAGGCGCGAAAGAGUCGAAAAAGGCCCAAAAGCAAGCGGCCAAAGGUACAAAAGACAAGAAAUCGAACCGCGGACCGAAGAUACCCGCGCCUGCGCCGCUUAUAUUGGAAGCAGAGUCGGAAGAAGAACCAGAGGGUGAACAGGAGGUGGACCCAGCCGCAAACGACGCAGACACAGAGAUGCUCUGCCAGCUCACCGGGUGCCCGUUCCCUGAAGAUGAGCUGCUUUUCGCAGUACCCGUGGUGGCUCCGUAUUCAUCUUUGCAUAAUUAUAAAUUCAAAGUAAAACUAACCCCGGGAACAAGCAAGCGGGGCAAAGCGGCUAAAACAGCGGUGCAAGUGUUCCUCCGGGACAAGGGAGCUUCGCCCCGGGAAAAGGAUCUCCUCAAAGCGGUCAAGGAAGAAAACGUGGCGAGAAACUUCCCCGGAAAAGUUAAAUUAUCUGCUCCACAGUUGCAUAAACAUAAGAAAUGACUUUUUUCUAGUAUAGUAGGAUUGAAUAUUUUUAUUUUUGGUACUAAAAUAAAUCAUUUGGAAAGUAAGCAAAAACAAAUUGUUUCAUUCGUUUUGGAUUUAUUGUAAAGCCGGUUGCAGAGCUUGACCGACCAUCAGUGCGUACGUCAGUCGCGCUUGUCAUAUGUAUGGAAAUUCAUAAAACCGUUCAUAGCUAGACCGACCAUACGCACGCGUAUUUUGGUACGCACUGCGUACGAGGACCGUCGGUCGAGCGCGUGCGCAUGCGUAGCGUCGGUCGACUGACGCGCUAUGGAAACAAUUUGUUUCCAUUUGUUUCGAACUAAUGAAUGCGUUCAGUGCUGUGGUUCAGUGCUGUACCGACCGGUGCACUGACUACGCGCAUGCGUGUAUCGUCGUUGUGAACAUGAACAUCGAUACCAGGUCUGGUCAGUUUACUGGUACGCAGAGCACUGAAUGAUACAAACUGAUACGCAUUGACGUUCGGUCAAUGCGUAUCGUCAGGACCGAUGAUACGCACUGAUGGUCGGU